AUAUUUUCUCCCGCCAACUGUACAGUUUCAACAGAACCAUGGAGUCACAGACACAGACUCCAUGACAGAACUUGGUACUCUUACAAAUUAUUCAACCCAUAAAGGGGAUUAUUUGCACUUGCCGUGUCGACAUUCCUAUCGAUGGCGGAAAGGUUGGCAGCCCCCCCAACAACAACAAAGUCGUCUGCUUGUGUCUGCUUGUGCAAACACCGUUGUUUGAAUCUUUUCGGCUCAUCUCUUCGUUACCCCCUUGAAGUUUAUCACAAGAUUCUUGCUACCGUUUUGAAAAGCUGGAGAAAUGGAAGAUCAGGAGAUAGAUGUCGAAGAAAACGUUCAGGAGCCAGAUGUUGAAGAAAAUACUAGUGCACCACUGCCUAUUGUAGGGCAGUCAUUUGAUUCAUGGACAGAUGCGGAGAGGUGCCUUAACUCCUAUGCAAAGAAGAAUUGUUUCCAAUGGACUACUGACACUUCAACAUCCAUUAAAAAUGAAAAUAAGAAGCUGACUGGGCGGGGUGAAACAGUCCUCUACAAUGAAGCACUUGUGCACAAAAACAUUGUGCUAACAUGUGUGUCAGGGGGAAAAAAGAGAAUUAACCAGGGAACAGGACAGCGAAACUUUCAGGCAACCUGGAAAGUCGAUUGUCCAGUAAUGGUGCACCUUAUUGCCAACAAGACGGCCUUAGUUGUGAAAAAAAUUAUAACUCAGCAUAACCACACAUGUGACCAAGCUUACUUUAAAGCUUUGCCUAAAACUAGGCGUUCUAACUUAAACGAUGAUAAGGCCACAUCAACAGCAAAGCUUCUCUUCAAAGGUGGGGUCAAACCCUCUGUCGUGAGAUCAGUAUUGAGGGACAUGGGAUGUGGUGAAGUUACUCAGCGGGACUUGGCAAAUCUGAGAGCAAAAUUUGAAAAAAUAUGAAUUAUGAAAAACAAUUUCAUUACCUAGAACAUCCUUUGCACUUCAGGAUAUCCAAAAUACGUAGUUUCAUUACAAGGAUGAUUGUGGACAUCAUGAAAUGCCGUGACCUUCAGUCUCCCUGCGGUCGUUGCUGCAACAUGUAUCCUCGCCUCACACCCAAUUUUAUAGGACCUGCAUUUAAAAAAAAGAAACUGGGUUAGAACACGACAACCUUCAGUUGGAAAUACUUAUUGUGGCAAGCAAAACACUUACUCAUGGUGUGGCUUUUUCCCUCUGGCAGGUCGAGUAGACAUUGCUUGUUUGCAUUCAAACUGCAUUUUAUUAAAUUUCAAAAUGUU